CGGGACCAGUCUUCUUAGGUUCGUAAAGCUUCAAUAGAUUAAAGCCAGUGCAUCUGAGAAAUGGAGGUACUUUGGUAUUCAAGAGGGGGCUGCUUAUGUGAAUACUUCAAGAACUGCUCAUGUUUAAAAUUGAAAGAAGAUUUAUUAUAUUUUAAUAUCCCUUGCCCAUUAUCCAACUAUGGCUCAGCCUGCUUUUAUGUAUGGCGGUAUAUGUUGCUGGUCCCUAAAUGUAUAUGCUUCAUCCAAGCUUUACUCUACCUCGCUUUAAUUAUUCAGCUCAUAUAUUCAUAAUGCUUAUUUUUUUUUCUCUUAUAAUUUUGAUGC